AUGUCCUUCAAAAAUCCAUCAGAAAUUCAGGUCACCUCGCGCCAAAUUCCCAAGUGGGAAGGGAUCCCAAACACCUCAAUCCAAUCAAAGCCUCUCGUGAUCUAUCACAAGGCCUUCAACGCAUCUCCCAAUCAGCUCAUUGCGCGCUUGAAGGAAGUCGGGGAGACACACUUCCACAGCACGACCCAUGAAGUUCUGGGGGUUGUCUCAGGACGUGCACGUCUCUGCUUCGGCGGCGAAGACAAUCCGAAUCGGUUCGACACAGACGUGGAAAAGGGCGACUUGAUCAUCGUCCCGGCAGGUGUUGGCCACCGCCUGUUGGAUGAGCUCGACACUGAAGAGGAGCGAUUCAAGAUGGUGGGUGCAUAUCCGAAGCAGAAGCAAUGGGAUAUGUGCUAUGGACAGUCAGGAGAGGAAGACAAGGUCAAGGGCAUCAAAGACCUGGGCUGGUUCCAUAAAGACCCUCUAUUUGGAGGCGAUGGCCCUGUGCUGCAUGUAUAG